AGGUUUUACUUUGGUUUCUUUACGUCGCGCCAUGUGCUGUAUUGUUUAGGGUCAUGCUUAAAACAUGAAGGUCUGCUGUCAAACAUCUGUCAGCUGAGGUUUCUUGUUCGGUCUCCAGUGAGCUCAACGGUGCCGAAGGGACGCUGAAGCGGUAGAACACUAUUUUCCAGCUCAUUCUCAUGUUUUAUUGGCGAUUCCUUCCUUACCAUCAUCGGGUCAACCGAUAAGGUCCGAUCAUAAUACAGGAGACUAUCGUGAGAUAAAGCUUGCCUCCCGUGCUUUCGUUCUGCUUCUUUAUCUAAUCACUCAGUUAAACAGCUCUUUUCCCCGUUAAUCUAGGCUGUGUUUGUGUCUGCGUAUUACGCAUUGAGCGUCGAGCUAGUAACAAAACCAGCCAAAGUUAUGCAAAGCCGUUUUGUCAGGUCGCAAAGUUAUUGGCAAGCCUCAAGUGAACGAACCGUGGUGUACUCACAAAUACCAAGUGUCAUGACAGCUUCAGCUGACGCAGCGUUCGGCUGGGCGUUAAACGUUAACUCCGGACCUGUGCUAGUACGAAGCCAUCGCCUUUAACAGACGUUACGGGCCAAAGGUCUCUUCCCUUACCUAACACAUCCUCACGAGCUCCACGAACGCUGUGGGAGAGGACAGACGGCGCUGUCAAGGUCUCGACUGGAAUAUUAGCAUCUUUUUGCCAGGUUAAUCUCAAGUUCAGUCUCGAGACUUUUAGGAGAAAGGUCUUUUGCAUGGUGAGAACUGCUGCAGGGAGAAAAGCAUGGAGAGCAAAGUGACGCAGAUCUCCCGAGAAGAUCUGGAGGACCUGAGAGAGGCUUUCAACAAAAUCGAUAUCGAUAACAGUGGCUAUGUGAGCGAUUUUGAACUUCAAGAGCUCUUUCGAGAGGCCAGCUUUCACAUUCCGGGAUACAAGGUACGAGAGAUUGUGGAAAAGUUCAUGGCAGGUGACACCAACAAAGACGAGAAGAUCAGUUUUGAAGAGUUCGUUGCGAUAUACCAAGAAAUGAGAAGCAAAGAGGUGAGAGAAACUUUCCGCAAGUGCAUCUCCAGGAGGGAUGGGAUUCGUUCGUUUGGAGGAACAUCAAAGAUCUCAAGUGAAGGAACUCAGCAUUCUUACUCAGACGAAGAAAAAGUGGCCUUCGUGAACUGGGUCAAUAAGGCUUUGGCGGAAGAUCCCGACUGCAAGCAUCUGAUCCCGAUGGACCCAGAGACUGACAGCUUAUUCAAAUCUGUGAAAGACGGAAUAUUGCUGUGCAAAAUGAUCAACCUCUCGCAGCCGGACACCAUUGAUGAGCGGGUCAUCAACACGAAGAAAUGCACUCCAUUUACAAUGACGGAGAAUUUGGUGCUGGCUCUAAACUCUGCAUCGGCUAUCGGAUGCACGGUGGUCAACAUCGAUGCUCAGGACAUGAAAGCAGGAACCCCUCACCUCGUGCUUGGCCUCCUCUGGCAAAUCAUAAAAAUCGGCCUCUUCGCUGACAUUGAAAUUUCACGCAACGAAGCUCUAAUUGCUUUGCUGGAUGAGUCAGAGGAGCUCGACCACCUGAUGUCUAUGUCCCCCGAGGACCUUUUGCUGCGAUGGGUCAACUAUCACCUCAAAGCCGCCGGCUGGGAACCAAUCAGAAAUUUCAGUGAUGAUAUUAAGGACUCCAGGGCAUAUUUCCACCUGCUUAAUCAGAUCUCGCCUAAAGGAGACGGGGAUGACGAGAUGAGGAUCGACAUUGACAUGUCUGGUUUCAAUGAGAGUGAUGAUGAAAGGCGAGCAGAGCUGAUGCUGAAGCAGGCAGAUCGUCUGGACUGCAGACAGUUUGUCACUCCCAAAGACGUGGUGGCAGGAAACCAGAAGCUCAACAUGGCCUUUGUAGCCAAUCUUUUCAACAUGUACCCGGCCUUGAACAGACCCGCCAGUAAUGGCAUUGAUUAUGCAAUUGAGGGGGAAACGAGAGAGGACAGGACGUUCAGAAACUGGAUGAAUUCUCUGGGAGUUACUCCACAUGUCAACCACCUGUACAGCGAUCUGCACGACGGUCUCAUCAUUCUUCAGCUGUAUGAGAGAACCCAGGUUCAUGUUGACUGGACUAGAGUCAAUAAACCUCCCUAUCCAGUACUGGGAUCCAACAUGAAGAAGCUUGAGAAUUGUAAUUAUGCGGUCGCACUGGGCAAAAAGGAAGCAAAGUUUUCCUUAGUAGGAAUCGGUGGUGAGAAUAUCAAUGAAGGAAGCUCCAUGCACACUCUUGCAUUGGUCUGGCAGCUAAUGAGAAGGUACACACUAAAGGUUCUGUCUGACAUCGGUGACGGGGAAAAAGUCAGUGACCAAGUAAUUAUCGACUGGGUUAACAACACCUUGAAACAAGGCCAGAAAGACUCGCAUAUUAACAGCUUCAAGGACAAAUCAAUCAGUACUAGCCUUCCGGUGAUUGAUCUGAUCGACACCAUCAUGCCCAAAGCCAUCAAAUACGAGAUGGUGAAGACCGGCGAUCUGACGGCAGAGGACAAGCUAAACAAUGCAAAAUAUGCGAUCUCAGUGGCGCGUAAAAUCGGAGUCAGGGUGUACGCCCUGCCCGAUGACCUUGUGGAGGUCAACCCCAAGAUGGUGAUGACGGUGUUUGCAUGCCUUAUGGGGAGAAGCUUGAAGAAAGUAGAUGGCUGACCUUUCUUGAAGGACGCCGUCAGAAAGCACAACCCUCACUUUGCACUUUUUCUUCUCUCGACUUCCCUUCUGCCUCAUUCACCAAUACUUUCACGCAUUAGUUUUUUUUUUUAAACAUUUCUUUACGGAUACUUCAUCUUUGAUUAAUAGACCUCCUGUUAAUUACGUUUCACUAAUCGUUUCAUUUCUCCCAGCUCAUGCGCUACAAGUAGAUUAUUAAAAGUUGACGUUAUUUUCUUAAAGGAACAGUUUACCCAAAAAUGAAAGCGUGCGUUGCGUCACUGCGGUGAAUGGGUGCCGUCAGAAUGAGAGUCCUGACAGCUAAUCCAGGCGAAAAGCUGCAUGUUUCUAAGAAAC